AUGCCUGGCGGCGCCCUCGCGGCCACCAGCGAUGUCAAUCGCAUUGAGGCGCCAGUCACCUGGAAGGCCUACCUGAUUUGCGCCUUCGCGUCCUUUGGCGGUAUCUUCUUCGGAUACGACUCGGGCUACAUCAACGGUGUCACUGGCUCCAAGGUCUUCAUCUCCAUCAUCGAAGGACCCGGCGCCACUGCUCUGCGCGGUUCCUACCAGUCUCUCAUCGUCUCUAUCCUCUCGGCCGGUACCUUCUUCGGAGCCCUCAUUGCUGGUGAUAUCGCGGAUCUCAUCGGACGCAAGUACACUGUCAUCACGGGAUGCGUCAUCUACAUCAUCGGUGUCAUUCUCCAGACAGCCUCUCACGGUCUUGGUCUCCUCGUUGCUGGUCGUCUCAUUGCAGGUCUCGGUGUCGGUUUCGAAUCCGCCAUCGUCAUCCUGUACAUGUCAGAGAUUUGCCCGCGCAAGGUCCGCGGUGCCCUGGUCGCCGGAUACCAAUUCUGCAUCACCAUCGGUCUUCUGCUCGCCGCUUGCAUUACCUACGCCACGGAGAACCGCACUGACACUGGCUCUUACCGCAUUCCGAUCGGCAUCCAGUUCCUCUGGGGUCUGAUUCUCGGCGGUGGUCUCCUCUUCCUGCCAGACUCUCCGCGCUACUUCGUCAAGCGUGGUCGCGUCGAACAGGCCCGCGCCUCGCUUGCCAGACUCCGUGGUCAGCCAGGUGACAGCGAGUACAUCGAGGCUGAGCUUGCCGAGAUUGUCGCCAACGAAGAGUAUGAGCGCUCCGUCAUUCCAGCCGGCUCCUGGUUCCAGGGCUGGGCCAACUGCUUCAGCGGCUCCGUCUUCAAGUCCAACUCCAACCUGCGCAAGACCAUUCUCGGCACGUCUCUCCAGAUGAUGCAGCAGUGGACCGGUGUCAACUUCAUCUUCUACUACUCCACCCCAUUCCUGCAGUCCACCGGCGCCAUCAGCAACACCUUCCUGAUCUCCCUGAUCUUCACCCUGGUCAACGUGUGCUCUACUCCGAUCUCUUUCUUCACCGUUGAGAAGCUCGGUCGUCGCCCGCUGCUCGUCUGGGGAGCUCUCGGCAUGUUGGUCUGCCAGUUCAUCGUCGCCAUCGUUGGUGUCACCGUCGGCUUCAACAACUCCACCACCACUGGAACCGGUGCUAACGCAGUCACCCACGCCAACAACAUUCCAGCCGUCAAUGCCCAGAUCGCCUUCAUCGCCAUCUUCAUUUUCUUCUUCGCUUCCACCUGGGGACCCGGCGCCUGGAUCGUCAUUGGUGAAGUUUUUCCUCUGCCCAUUCGCUCCCGCGGCGUGGCACUUUCUACAGCCUCCAAUUGGCUUUGGAAUACUGUGGGUCGAACGCUUGUCCUCGCUGUUGACCGUGGUGAACUAAUUUUCAUUAUAGAUCAUCGCCGUUAUCACCCCCUAUAUGGUAAAUUCCGAUGAAGGCAACCUUCGGUCUAGCGUUUUCUUCGUGUGGGGCGGCCUCUGUAAGCCUCAUGACUCGCGUCUCCGUUGUCGAAAACAUGCUGACAAUGUGGUCAGGCACUUGUGCGUUCGUCUACGCUUAUUUCCUGGUCCCCGAGACCAAGGGUCUAUCUCUCGAGCAGGUUGACCAGAUGAUGGGUAAGCCCUUGAUCCUCUUUUCAGCGCAGUGCGGUACAUGUAGCUAACGAUCUCAACAGCUGAAUCUACGCCACGAACAUCCGCCGCCUGGCGACCUCACACUACUUUCGCCGAGCAACUGGGCAUGAAGGAAGGCAAGAUCGAGGGCGAUAUUGUGGCUGAUGUGGAGAGGAAAGGUAGUGUCUUUUAA